AUGUCUCAUUUCAAGUCUUCAAGUCCUUUACCGACCGAGCCUUCUAGACAAUAUACGGCUAAUUUUCCAGGUUCUACGAGCAAUAGUGUGAAUAAGAAGUCAAGCUUUUCAUCUGUAGGACCGAGAUCACCAUCCUCUUCUUCAACUCCAUCAACCUUAAACACAGAACAACAGAAAUCAGAAACAUCAGAUAAAGUACAGACAUCCAUUUCUUCACGAUCAGCUAUUACAACACCAGACCAACCUACUUACUCCGAGACAGAGUAUAAUGAGCGACGAUGUUGGAUCUGCUUUGGAGAAGAUGGUGAUUCUGAAGGUCGCUGGGUGAGCCCAUGUCAAUGUUCCCUGAUUGCACACGAGAAGUGUCUUUUGCGUUGGAUGUUCGAGAGUCAAAAAAAGGAGCCCCUUAAACAGGUCACCUGUCCACAGUGUGCUUUUCCUUAUUCAUUUCAACAAAAAACCAGUCUUUCAUACAUUAUGAUAACACUUGGAGAACGUGCACUAUCUACUAUUGCACCCUACUUCUUUGGAUUCACGAUUGGGUGUUCAAUAAUAAUUGCAGCAACAACUCUCGGUGCAUUUACAGUUGUCACCGUUAUGGGUCCAAAAGAUAGUGAGCGCCUGAUCGGAAAUCCAGCACAAUGGACGUGGAGGGCGUGGGUAGGACUUCCUUUAAUUCCUGCCACACUCUUGACCUCAAUAUUUCCAUUUGCCAAUGUAUAUCCAUUCGUUGCAUUUACAUUCAUGAGUAUGGCGUCAAGAUCCUACAGACGGCCCAGUCUCAACUGGCCACCAUCAGUCUUUGAUGUAGUAAUAGGUUAUCCUAUGGUGAGAAUGGUUUAUGUUUCUGCCCGAAAUGCUACAUACAGAUUAGUUGUGCGUAGAUCUAUGCUUAGAUCCAGCUCUCCACGCCAAUCUUUGGGAUUAAAUGCAUCCUCGAGUACACCACAGCUAUCAAAUAUAGAGCAAAAUAAUGAAAAUUCGUAUUCAGAUAUUCAACCCAUUAACGAUAUACAAAUCGAUGAAAUUGAGACACGCAGAAUGCCAGAUAUAUUAUUGUCCUCUAUGUGUGCACUUUUACUUCCCUUUACAGGUUCUGCACUUGGAAACUUGUUGACAUAUUUCAAGCCUGUAAAACGCUAUUUCCCGGCGCCAUUUCAUCGUACGAUUCUAGGUGGAUGUAUUCUGGUGGUUUCAGCUGAUAUUAUUGAUAUGUGGUAUGCACAUUCAGUCAUUCGACAACAUCAAUCUCGGCGCAUCAGAAACUAUUCAGAAAUCAAACAACGGCACUAG